AAGAGCAAAAAUAAUUCCUGGGGUUUUGGUCAUUCGCAUUUCGAAAAGUGUUUUGAAUGUUUAUCAUUGAUCUACGUCUGCUCGGCGGGUUUUCUGUCUGGACUGCCCAGAACAAUCUACCUGCGUUACCCUUUCUAUGUGGCUUCACUCCAAUGAUUUUCACGGAUGAAAGCAACGGUAACAGAUCCUAAAAGCACUAGGACCUAGGAGCAGUCUGUUGCGCUCAGCAGAGUUUUGUGGGGAGCAUUACAUUCCUAGUCAUGCUAAGUUCCUGACAAUACUGCUCGUUUGGUCUCCGUGGACAAAUCUUUAACCUUUUUUUUUUUUGCAAAGCAGAGAACUUACAGGAUCAAGCUCCGAGAGAAUUCAAAAGAUUAUCCAGAGCGCAGCAGUGGUUCAAGACCUCCUGAAUUUCAACAUCACACCGAAGAUUAAAAACUAAAAGGUUCAAGUAUGCCACACUACAGGUUAACCUAUUUCCAGUUGCGAGGAAGGGCCGAAACCGCUCGCUAUAUUUUUGCUUAUCAUGGGAUAAAGUAUGAAGACAAUAGGAUAGAAUGGUCGGAUUGGCCCAACAUAAAGCCAACUUUGACUUUCAGGCAAGUUCCGAUCCUGGAGGUGGAUGGAGUAGUUAUCAACCAGAGCGCAGCUAUUGCGAGAUACCUAGCGAGAGAAACAGGCUUAGCGGGGAAUACCAAUUUGGAGCAAGCUCAAGUGGAUGCCAUUGCGGACACAAUUAAUGAUUUCAUGAAUCUUUUCCCCUGGACAGAGAAGGACCAAACUUUGAAACAAAAGAUGAUCGAAGACGUCUUCAUCAACAACAGCAACUUGUACCUGGAUGGGAUAGAGAAUUUAUUGGGAGACAAAAUGUGGUUCGUUGGCGAUUCGGUUACCUGGGCUGAUUUUCACUGGGCUGUGUGUUCCAUCACCCUCACCAAUCUGAAGGCCGACGUCUUAUGUAGCCAUCCCAAACUGUUAUCUCUGAAAGAGAGAGUGGAGGAACUUCCUUCAAUAGCCUUUUGGAUAAAACAAAGACCCAACACCGUAUUCUAGCUGUGAUCUGAUUCAGUCUACAACUUUGUUUAAACNAAAAGCAUCACAUUACUUUUUACACCAGUCAUUUAACAAUAAUUUGCUUUAAAAAUCAUUGUGGCUUAUGAGGUUAAGAACUUUAAGCAGUAGCGUUUGAUUAACUGGUUAACAUAACAUGUAUAUUAUUUACAUUGAGAUCAGUUCUUUGCAAUGUUUAACGUGUGAUGGGAAUGCAAGACAUUGUUCCACCUGAGCUGGCUGUUCAUUGCCUAUCUUAGGGAGGAAAUGAAGUCAGGAACACAUCAGCUUUCUAGUUUCCUGAUGGGAAUACUUAGGCUGGAGUUGAGGAGGAUUUUCAUUCAGCUUGGACGCACUGUGUGUUAAUGAAUCAAAGUAGAUUUUCUGAAGUCAACGUACAGCAUUAAAGUAACAAGGGAACACUUUGUUUAAUAUCACCUGUUUUCGCAUUUAAUUGCCUGUACAACCGAGUAAAAUAUAAGAAUGAGUUAAAGGAAAUAAACUAACUAGGCAAGAAGACCUUGAACUGUCUAUUUUGGAAUAAGGAGAGGGAAUAGAUUCAGUAAGUUAAAAACAACACCAAUCUAUCUAGUUACCACGAGUCACCCUUCUCUCUUGGAAGAAAAUACUGUACAUGUGCCAAAUUACUACAUUAUGUUAUGUAAAAUUAUGAAUAAAUUACCAACAGCAAUUAUACUAAAAAGUUUAAAUGCCAAUUCAACUAGAAUAAAGAUCAAAUGUGAACCUCUUUUGAAUGCCAAGCUUGAAUAAAACUUUCUAAUGCUGUGUUAUUCUACAUGUAAUGGUAUUUCUAAAUCAAUUUAAAACUUAAGAUGUCAUUUCAUUUAAAAAAAAACUGCUUUUUAAACGCUCAACCAUUACGUCUGCAGCUCAUCUCCAUUUUUGUCCCAACGCUAAUUAAAACCAAGUUUGAUCUGCUCCGCAUUCAGUUACUGUGACAUUCUUCCUGUACGGGCAAACAACUUGUAAUAUUCAACUGCCUUCAAAUAUCAUUUGAAAUGUAACGUACUCUAUUACCUUCUCUUUGAUGAUAAAUAAAUAUCAACUUUUCUUGAUGCAU